AGUCGCCUCCCAGAUGAGCGCGCUAGCAGACGGCUGCGGGCCACCGGGCGCAGGGCAUGUCCCCUGAGUGCGCGCAGGCGGCGGGCACUGGGUCCCCGCGCAGCCUGGAGCGGGCCAACCGCACCCGCUUCCCAUUCUUCUCCGACGUCAAGGGAGACCACCGGCUGGUGCUGACCGCUGUGGAGACGGUCGUGCUGGCGCUCAUCUUCGCGGUGUCGCUGUUGGGCAACGUGUGCGCCUUGGUGCUGGUGGCGCGCCGACGGCGCCGCGGCACCACCGCCUGCCUGGUGCUCAACCUUUUCUGCGCGGACCUGCUCUUCACCAGCGCCAUCCCGCCCGUGCUGGCUGUGCGAUGGACUGAGGCCUGGCUGCUGGGCCCGGUCGCCUGCCACCUGCUCUUCUACGUGAUGAGCUUGAGCGGCAGCGUCACCAUCCUCACGCUGGCGGCCGUCAGCCUGGAGCGCAUGGUGUGCAUCGUUCGCCUGCAGCGGGGCGUGCGGGGCCUGGGGCGGCGGGCGAGGGCCGCGCUGCUGGCGCUCAUCUGGGGCUACUCGGCGCUGGCCGCGCUGCCCCUCUGCGUCUUCUUUCAAGUCGUUCCGCAGCGGCUCUCCGGUCGGGACCAGGAAAUUCCGAUUUGCACACUGAGUUGGCCCAGCAUCGCUGGAGAAAUCUCCUGGGAUGUGUCGUUUGUUACUUUGAACUUUUUGAUGCCGGGAUUGCUCAUUGUGAUCAGCUACUCCAAGAUUUUACAGAUCACAAAGGCAUCAAGGAAAAGGCUCACGGUGAACCUGGCUUCCUCGGAGAGCCACCAUAUCCGCGUGUCCCAGCAGGACUUCCGGCUCUUCCGUACCCUCUUCCUGCUCAUGAUCUCCUUCUUCAUUAUGUGGAGCCCCAUCAUCAUCACCAUCCUCCUCAUCUUGAUCCAGAAUUUCAAGCAGGACCUGGUCAUCUGGCCAUCCCUCUUCUUCUGGGUGGUGGCCUUCACGUUUGCCAACUCAGCCCUGAACCCCAUUCUCUAUAACAUGUCACUGUUUAGGAAUGAAUGGAGGAAAAUUUUCCAUUGCUUCUUCUACCCAGAAAAGGGAGCCAUGUUUACAGAUACAUCUGUCAGAAGAAAUGAUCUGUCCGUUAUUUCCAACUAAUUAAAUUUUUCUCUAUAGGCAGAGUUUAUCACCCUCUGGAAAGCUAGGAUACGCUUUCAAAGGGAGUUUAUUUCCAGGACCAUCACAUCACUGUAGCCUACUUUAAGAAAAUGUAACCUAUGCAAAUACACAUUUAUAGCACCAGUAAAUUAAGGGGUGAUCAUUCAGUAUGACAAUUUUACCCUUCAUAAAAGGAUUUGUUAUGGGCUCCCUUUAAAUAUGAACUUUUUCCAGUGUGUUUGUAAUAUGAUUGAGUUUAAUAAAUUUUUAUUUAUAGCUGUUCAGC